UUCUUUGAUAAAUGUAUGAAUACAUAAAUUACAAUUCACAAAUAGUUAUUGGGUUUUGCUUGAACCAUAUUUUCUAUGUUUCUGAACCUUUUAUUUGAUUAAGUUUGCUUGUUGUUUCACCCUGUUGGGUUUUUUUUUUAUUGCUUCUGCAAUUAAAAGAAUCACUUUUGGAACCGUAUGUUUAUUGCCAAGUGUUGAUUUUUCGAUGGAGUAAUGAGGAUAUAAGUAUAUUAUGAUUGCUUUUGUUCUUUUUUGAAUUGUCAUAAUUUCUGUAUUUUCUAUUUUCCUUAAGCUCCAAGUUUAGUUCCUUCUCUUUUUCACACGGCGAUAUUCUAUUCUAAACUAUUCUAAUGUAAGGGAAGGGGGAUUCGAACUUGGAUGCAACGGGCCAGUCACACUGCCUGGUUCUAACCUUUUUAGUUUCGUUCUGUUUUCUUUAAUCAUCUAGUUUAUGCAAGGGGACGGAGUUUCAAACUAUGCCCUUCGUACAACGAUCAUGCUAGGAGAAACUAUGGUUAAACCUGAAGGAGAGCUAAAAGUAAGCUUUGGCUAUCAAUGCAAUAGCAACAGAGGCAGUUUUUGUGAGGAUUCCGGUGAAUAUGAAACCCUGCCUGAAUUCCGAAGGAACAGUAGUUUCUCUUGCUUGUCUGGUGCUGCCUUAAGUGCAAAUGCCACUCUGGCAAACACAAAUAUCUGCAAUGGUUUGAUAGGGGCAGAAAUACUUCCUAGUUGGGACUCUCCUAAUUCAUUUCGUAGAGUUCCCUCUUCACCGUCUAUGUCAAGGUUGGAUAUAUUAUCAUCUUCUUUUCAGAGUAGUAUAUCGAACUUAAGUUGCAGUCCAUCUACGCCUGAUUCUGAUUCUUACUUAAUGAAAUCCACGAGUCCUUCCAGAAAUGAUAGUUUUCUUAGUGGCAUGGAAGUGCAAGUGGCAGGUGGACCUGCUGGUGAAGACAGGGUCCAAGCUGUUUGUUCUGAAGAAAAUGGGUGGCUCUUUUGUGCAAUUUAUGACGGUUUCAAUGGAAGAGACGCAGCUGAUUUUCUGGCUGGGACACUGUAUGAAACCAUUGUAUUUCACUUUAAUUCAUUAGACUGGGAAUCAAGUCAGGAAUCCAACAAAGCUUCUAAUGAUCUAGAUAUAGAUGAGUCCCUUCCAUACAUAGGAGAUGAUACUACUAUUAGCGGGGAAAGAUUUUCAUCCAGAAUUUAUGCACACAAGGAUUCAAGUUUUGACAAUACCUCUAAGAAUGCUCCAUGUGCUAAAGUAAAAACAUUAACUGAUUCGUUUAGGCAUGGGGUGCUUGAUAGCCUCCAACGAGCUCUUAGUCAGGCUGAGAAUGACUUUCUAUGCAUGGUUGACCAGGAAAUGGUGGAUCGCCCAGAUUUAGUUUCUGUUGGGUGUUGUGUUUUAGUUGCACUUCUACAUGGGAAGGAUUUGUAUACACUUAAUUUAGGUGACAGCCGAGCUGUAUUGGCAACAUAUGGUGAUGGUUAUUUAAUGAGUGGGAGUGAUAGGUUAAAAGCUAUCCAGCUCACUGAUAGUCAUACAGUUGAUGACGAAAGUGAGAGAAUGAGAGUUUUGUGUGAACAUCCUGACGAUCCCAUGACCGUCGUGGCUGGAAAAGUAAAGGGGAAAUUGAAGGUCACUCGAGCUUUUGGAGUUGGUUACUUGAAAAAGAAAAAACUGAAUGAUGCAUUGAUGGGAAUUCUUCAAGUUCGUAACCUCAUAAGCCCACCAUACGUUUCCACUCAACCAGCGUUGAAUGUGCACAGAAUAUCAAAAUCAGAUUGCUUUGUAGUACUUGGUAGUGAUGGCUUGUUUGACUUUUUUACGAAUGACGAGGCAGUAAAGCUUGUCCAUUCCUAUAUCUUGAGCAACCCCUCCGGCGACCCUGCUAAGUUUCUGCUCGAGCAGCUUGUAGUGAGAGCAGCCAAUUCUGCAGGUCUCAGCAUGGAAGAACUCAUGAACAUUCCGGCAGGAAGGCGGAGGAAGUAUCACGAUGAUGUAACAGUAAUUGUGAUUAUGCUGGGUACAAAUCAGCGCACGACAAAGGCAUCAACUUGCGUGUAAGAUUAUUUUUCGUGGUGUAAUGGAAUGAUUGAUAUUUUUGGCAGUCCAGAGUGGUAGGUUUCAAAUUGUAUAUAGUGGAUGUCAGAUAUACUUUGCUCCUGCUCUACAAUAAUGUUUUCAAUUUACCAAAUUUUGCUUGGCAAAAGACUGCUUAAUUGCAUUCAUCUGCAGGCUUGUUCAAGAAGGGCAAAUAAAUUAUAUAAUUUUUUCUGCAAUUUUGGCAA